UUCGUUCUGAUUGCGGUGUUGGGCCAUUUCACUUCUCUGGGAGCUGGUUCCGACGAGAUGAUCUUCCGUUGCGCAGACUUGAAGAGUGCAUCUUGGCCCUGAUUGCACGGAACAUGAAUUGUUCGUGCACGAGCUUUGCCCUUUCGGGAAAUUCGGAAACUUGUGGAAAGUCCGGUCCACAGCAAACAAAUGGAGCGAAAUGGCGCCUGUGUGAAAUGUGACAUCUGUGUCAAAGUAGGUGGUCCCCCUGCCCGAUCGGUCAGGAAUGGAGAUGACGUCCGUUCGACACCAAAGGACGGACAGCCUUCACUCGAAGCCGGAGAGGAGGACGAGUAGACUACACGUCUGAAUCUCAACAUUUCGUAUCGAACAUUGCAAGCAUUUCACAAGGACAUGUCUGCUGACUUGCGGUCCGUCUCUCUAGAUUAGGCCGAGGCACAGUUCGGCCGCUUCACGCGUUUCGAUCGCCCGUGGGGUCCAGUGAAUCUAGCGAGGCUCCGGGCAUGAGGUUGCGUUAUUUCUGAAGAGAAAUCCGAGGCAAUGUGCGGACAUUUAUGUCAACGAAACUGGCUCGUUAAUUUUCAGAAGACAUAGAAUACUACUGUGCAACAAACUGAUAUUGUGUGAGAACAUGCACGUAUGAUCGCUUGAUGUCUUGAGCUCAUCGCUGAGAAUCACGAAGGCCAAGUGACACCCGAACAUGUUUCAGUUGCGAUCUGCGGAAUUGGUGCAGAGCCCCGGACAAAGAGAGAUGUGGGUACAAUGUGCAGAGCCCACCUGCUGUGCGAAUUACCUGUCGUCAAUUGUGGAUGCAUUUCUUGCUGAUUUCAGAGCGUCAAGUUUUUCAGUCUUGGUUCAUACAACGGGGUGACCGUCCAUCUUUUCUGGGAAAUCGAAAUGGCGGGUCGAUUGACUCCUCGUGGAACCGUGUACCAGAAGAACGCGCUACGUUCGAAAUCCAAGAACAUGCUAGGGCAGGGGCAGUUCUCCAUCUAUCUGCCCAGGAGGGUGGAUGCCGAGUAUUACGUCCGAAGUCCAGUCAAGGUGAAAGCGGAGAUGCUGCUGUCGCCCGAGCAUCUUGGUGGGCGCAGUCCUGGCUCCAUCCCCUGCCGAGCCCGGGCCGAGAAACUCACCAGAGAGAACGGCCUGAGCGUGGUCAAUGUUCCCAUAAAGAUUGAGGCCGAGCUGCUGCUGACUCCCGGCAUGGCCUUCAGCUACAAACCUGCUACUCCUCAGUCUCCCACUCCGCAGGACAUUCACGAAGGCUCAUUAUUGGAUUCAAGGCCACUACCAGUGGCAGAGAGUUGGGAGCUAUGGGGGAAGAAAAUGAAGGCCGCUCUUAGCAAGUACCGAACGGCGUAUGGAGUCAAAUCGGAGGACUUGUGGCAGACCAAACAGGUACUGGUGUCCGAGCUCCGGCUUGACAAUAAAUCUGACAAAACCAGGGAGCUGACUAAGCGAAUCAAUUCAUACGCCUCUCAGGUUUUCGAGCAGAACAAGAGGAUUCGUCUCCUGCAAGCUCGGUUGCGUGAAGAGGAGGGAGACCGAGCAGAGUCCAGUGAGAAGUUUUGUGUUGUAGAACAGCACUGCAGGUUGUUGGAGAAGAAGCUGAAAGCAGCAGAAUCCAGGGCCAUGGGAGCCGAGCACCAGGCUGAAGCCAUCAAGCUCAGGACCAAGGAUUUAGGAGUGGUUUGUGGUCAUCAGGGGGUUCAGCUGAAGGAGCUAGCCAGGCAGGUAGACUUCUUCGCCAAGAUUCUCGCAUCAGAAAAAGUGGCGGCCCUCGAUACGUACAAGGCAUUGGAACAGCAGCUGGUGAUGCAGAAGGUGUUCGAGAACGAACCCCUCUCAGCACGGACCGCCACCAGUGACUGCAGUGGCAGCACUGUUACUAGAACCAACAUGAAGUCAUUCAACACUCAUGGUCCGCUUGUGGAGAUGGGUCCUCAGCCCACGCCGAAUCGAAGAGCAGAGAAUCAGUACGCCUUGUAUCCAUGCAGUAGCAGCAGUAGGAGAAGUAGAGACAAUGGUUUUGCACCGAGAUCAGAGCCCAGAGGUAAUUCUGAAUGCUCUGAGUUAGAAGCCACCCCAAAGCACUCGUCGCACCUGGUAAAUCAGUCGAUGCACUUUGCUCCAAACUGGGAUGUGGAAUUCAACUCCUCCAUGAAACGAGCCGAGGAGCUUAUCAAGCAAUGUGCAGUUCAAGCUUCAAGACUCAAAGAUUUGAGCGCGGAAUUGGAUUGUGUAGGAACGAGGAAUAGAAGGGACAGAAAGGCCCAUCCGAGAUUAGUCUGCUUCGAAUCAAAGACAUACGAAGUUCAGCCCGAUCCCGCCGAACCAAACCCUUCUCCUGAGAAGCUCUCCUCUUCCAAACCCCGUCCCAAUUCAAACAUAAGUCAAGGCUAUUUUGAGGACCCCCACAUGAGCAAGCCUACGGUCGUAGCUGAUUCGAUGCACAUCUCUGUCGAGGAUUUUACCUCCAUCCAGCGUACUCUCACGCCCGAACCUAUGCAGUGUUCUGUUGACAAUCCAAUCCUCAAUAAAUUCAAGGUCAUCACGAACCCUCCCUUAGAGCCAGCGUGUAGAAAGGAGCUGAAAGACCAGAGUACCCAGACUCUUCCCUUGGCAGCCGAGUAUAAAAUGGAACGCGACAAUAAGAAGGAGCUUAUGAAACUAUCUAGACACCCGUGCUCCUCAAGCUCUCAUGGCCAGAAGAGUCGGCAUGCAGCAUUUCGCAAGGCAACCAUGCCCUUGCGGUUUGAAAUAAAAAUAUGGAGGAUCGCAGGCCAGACCUUAAUGCAAGCUUCGAUGUUGUGGUUGGGAAUCCGCCUUUUACCACAAAUGCAGCUCUUCCGUUUCUUUCCUCCGGCAACUUGACCUCCUCAUGGAGUUUUCUCUACAAUUGACUGGUUCCGAAGAAGGAAAAGGAAAGUUGAUGUGCCCUCAGCUCCGUCCUCUGCGUAUCCAGUCUGACUUCUGGCAUCGCAGAGCUUCGAGUUGUUCAGACGGCGAACGCUGCCCACAGGUUUGGAAGUAUUAACUCGAGCUUAUCAAACACAGAUUGCUCUUGCAAUCUACAGCUGAUUUAGAUGCUUUCUUCCGUACUUCGGUCCACUGGACCAUCCUCUGGGGUUUCGAAAGUUGAAUUCCACGCUGAACCCUGCGCUGUGUGAUAAUCAACGGAGUGUGGUUAAAUCGCCAUGGCUGCUCUCGAAUGAUUCUAGGAUCUCGAGCAUCUUCAUGAUGAAGGAUUCUUGAUUCAAGGAACUCCUCAAGUUUGCACCCUUUGACUAUGCAUCUGCAACAACGACUGCCAACAUCUACUUUCAGUCCAGAAGCUACUGGUUGUAAACUUUUACGGCGUCUUUAGCCUCCAGAGCUCUCACUAUGUAAAGGCCCAAAGUGGAAUCAUCACUUGCACCAGCAGCUGUCCUGUGAACGUGACCAAAUAGUCGCAAAUAUAAUUGACCGGUGGAUGCAGAGAAGGACCAGGGAACAAAUUACCUUCCAUGCUCUUCUACAGCGUAUAGGAAGUUCUGAGAACGAAACCUGCACUGUUCGAAGAACAUUGGUGGACGAAACUGUGUUCUUCUAGAGUUCUAACUAUUUACGAGGCUUCGAACCUGAAGAACUUGAUCAGUUGAGUCUGACAACUUGACAUGAAAUUUUAGCAAGGUGGCUGACCCAGGUGUACAUGCAUUAAGUGUACAUCACAAAUGCUAACCAAUGUCUAGAGACAUUGAUUCAAAUAAUCCGUGCUCAUUCACUAUAAUAAAGAGUCA